AGCACUUAAUGUAAAAUCAUACAUAGAAACAGUCUAGAGUGUUUGAUAACAUUUUUGAUGAAGUGUGUGUGUGUGUGUUGUGAUCGGUCUUAGCAGAAGCUGCACCCUGACCCUAUACUGAAGCUGAGCAGAAUCGUUGGAUUUGGUGGCGCAACAGUGAGAUGUGCUGUGUGGGCUUGUGACGGAGAAGAGGUGGUGUAUCCGUGUCACGCCAUCAUCGUCAGUAUGAAAGUCUCAUCUGGUCAACAGCGCUUUUUCAUCGGCCACACCGAUAAAGUGUCAGCUCUGGCUCUGAACUCCACCUCGUCUCUGUUAGUGUCGGCUCAGAUGGGAACACACUGCCUGCUCCGGCUCUGGAACUAUAGCCAGGGAGAGGCGCUAACAGUUAUUAAAACAAGCACUCACUCGCUGCAUUCACUCAGUUUGUCCUGUAGCGGCGGGGUUCUGUGUGGAGUCGGUAAAGACAGCCAUAACAAAACCACAGUUGUGGUGUGGAAUACACAGCGCGCUCUCAAAGGAGGUGUUGUCUCAGUUGUGGCUAAAGCUCACACAGAUGUCGACAUCCAGACCAUGAAGAUAGCCUUUUUCAAUGACACGCGCAUGGUGUCCUGCGGCGCGGGUAACGUCCGCUUGUGGCGUGUACGCGGCCGUUCUCUGCGCUCAUGCCCCGUUAAUCUGGGACAGUAUCACAGCCUGGAGUUUACCGACCUCGACUUCGAGCAGGGAUGCGCUCCGGGGCGAGAGCCGGACGAGCGCACACUCUUUGUCAGCAGUAGGAGUGGCCACAUCCUGGAGAUUGACUAUGUCUCGGUGACGAUUCGGAACAUCCGGAGGCUCCUCCCAUCUCAGCAAAGCCACACCCACUGCAGAGAGAAGCAGACCUUCAGUACAGGGCCAGGUAUUGCAGUGAACAGCAUCAGUGUGUGCAGCGCGUUCUGCGCGACUGGCUCAGCGGAUGGCUUCCUGCGUCUCUGGCCUCUCGACUUCUCCUCUGUCUUCCUGGAGGCGGAACAUGAAGGGCCAGUUAGUCUGGUGUGCAUAUCUUCUUACGGUCUGAGUGUCCUGGCGGCCACCAGCACAGGAAACCUGGGCUAUCUGGACGUCGGUAGUCACGCUUACCGCACGCUGAUGAGGUCGCACAUGGACGCGGUGCUGGGCUUCAGCGUGGACGGAACCCGGCGCCAGAUCACCACGGCGUCCCGUGACGGCACGGUCCGUAUCUGGGAUGUGGACUCCGCUCAGCAGCUGUACGACUUUGUAUCUGAUGAUCAUAACGACGCCCCGUCUUCAGUGGCGUUCCAUCCCAGGAUGCCCAUCUUCGCCUGCGGGUCCAGCUCGGGAACCGUCAGAGUGUUUGACAUCCCCACGUCCAGCUUACUAGCACAACACAGACAGCAUCGGGGUGCGGUGGUGGGCCUGGUGUUUUCUCCCGACGGCGAACGCAUGUACAGCGCCGGCUCUCUGGGAUACCUCGCUCUCUAUGACUCUUCCCAACCGGAAUAUAAUGUCCACCGCGUGCUAGGUAACAUGGUGGCGCGAGGUACGGAUCGAGGCCCGGACGCUUUGGCUGUGAGUGCGGAUAGUAAACGCCUGGCGUUUGUCGGUCCCACGGAAUACACCGUAACUGUCGCGGAUACACGUUCGCUCGACGAGUUACUACGUGUGGACGUGAGCGUAUUAGACGUCGAGAGCACAACACUGGAUUCGGCGUUAAAGGUGUGUUUCUCGCCGUCCUCCCUGUCCCACCUGCUCGUCACCACUUCAUCCAAUAAGAUCCUGUGGCUCAACAGUAACACAGGCAGGCUGCUGAGAGAGAUAUCUGAGGCGCACAAGGAUCAGUGCUCGUCUUUGUCCGUCAGUGAAGACGGACGCUACCUGCUCACUGCCGGACACAACACGGUGAAGGUCUGGGACUACUACAUGAAACUGGAUGUCAAGUCACAGGUGUUCAUCGGUCACUCAGAGCCCAUUAGACAGGUGAGCUUCACCCCUGACCAGAUGGGCGUGGUUUCAGUGGGUGACGCCAUCUUUUUCUGGGACUUCCUGGGCCAUCAUCCACAGGAAGUGCCUACCUGCAGUCUCAGACCACCAGUAUCCUCCGUCUCUCUUCCUAGAGCAGGGAAAGACCGGAGCAGCUCUCCUCCGAAGACAGUGGCUGUGAAACACAGCGAGGUGGCAUUUAACGGAUUGUCCAGCGGGAUGCCUCGACAGGCGGCGCCUCUUCCCUCCUCACCUCCACCCAUUUUAGAAGUUAUCGCCAGAGAGAAGGCGGGGCAUGAGGCUUCAUCUUUCCUGUCAGUCACUGACUACGUCGAAGAGGUGCGACCCAGCCCCGACAAUUCCCCUGCUCCUAGACAUGCCUCUGUCCUACGAGUCACUGAGAGGGGCGGAGCCACAAAAUCUGUCACUGCUCCGGUCGGUCAGAUCGCAGUGGAGGAAAACGGAGAGGAGGAGAAGCCGAUCCGUCCAGACUGUUACAAACACUUUACGCCUCGUUAUAAAACGUCUGCUCCUGACCCGAGUGCUGUAACUCCACCUCCAGGCCAAGAAGGCCUUAGCCUCAAAGCUGUGAUUGGUUACAAUGGCAAUGGGCGGAGCAACAUGGUCUGGAAUCCAGACACAGGUCUGUUCGUGUACUCAUGUGGGUGUGUGGUGGUGGUGGAGAAUCUCCACAACGGUUCUCAGAGGCACUGGCUUGGCCACAGCGAGGAGAUCUCGACCCUCGCCGUAACGCACGAUGCACAGACCGUGGCCUCUGCGUCAGGAGGCGGGGCGUCGUCCAAGAGCCUCAUUUGCAUAUGGAACGUUCGAGACGGAUCACGCAGAAGUAGCGUUUUGUACCACAAGGGCUCGGUGCAGAGUCUGGCUUUCUCCAGAGACGACCUCUACUUCCUGUCCGUAGGCGAUUUUGAGGAGUCGGUGGUGGCACUGUGGAGCACACACUCGUUCGAGCUGCUCUGUUCGAUCAGUGUGAGCGUCCCACUGCAUGAGGCGGCAUUCUGCCCGAGCGGCGCCAGCCAACUGGCGUACGUCGGCUCCGGCGUCGUCUUUUUCUGCCGCAUACGCACACAAGGCCGUGGAGCGGAGCUACAGGUCCAAACCGUGGGUUUGCCAGAGGAGAUCGGCGAGGCCGAGGUCACCUCGCUUUGUUACGACACUAACUUCAUCCUGUACACUGGGACGAACAGUGGGCGUGUGUGUGUGUGGGACUGCAACACACACCGCUGCUUCAUGACCUGGGAGGCUGAUGAUGGUGAAAUCGGUGUGCUGCUGUGUCGUGGUAACAGGCUGCUCACUGGCAGUAACAGCAAGAAGUUAAAACUGUGGUCAGUGACCGCAGUGCAAAAUCUCAGACCUUCGAACUCCGAGACGAGCAGCAAGCGCUGUGACGCUAAAGUGCUACUAGAGCAGGAGAUGAUGCUGGAUGGCACAGUGGUGAGCGCAGCGUUUGAUGAUGUCAUGGACAUGGGAAUUGUGGGUACAACUGCUGGAACGCUGUGGUACAUAAACUGGAGAGACAACACCAGUAUACGCCUAAUCAGUGGCCAUAAGAGCAAGGUGAACGGCGUGGUAUGUAGUCCAGAUGAGCAUCACUUCGUCACCUGCGGGGCUGAUGGUAGCGUGAGAGUGUGGGCGUUGCCUAGCAACGAGCUACUGGUCCAGUUUCAGGUUCUCAACCAGAGCUGCGAGUGUGUGUGUUGGAGCCCAGCAGCAGGAGCGUGUGAGCUUGACAUGGUUGGACGUGUGGCCGGAGGCUACAGCGACGGCUCCGUGCGGAUCUUCAGCGCAGCUUCGGCCGAGAUGGAGCUCAAACUGCAGCCUCACCAAAGCGCUGUGAGCGCACUGCAGUACUCGCACCAUGGUCAGGUGUUGCUUUCAGGAGGACGAGACGGCGUCAUUGCAGUGAGCAGCCCAUCAACAGGAGCCUCCUUGCGCAUCAUCAGUGACCAGAAGGGGGCGCCGAUCAGCGCUAUACAGUGCACAGGCAAACAGUAUAAGGAGUACGGUCUGGAGGGAAACGAGCUCUGGCUGGCCGUCAGCGCCGACCGCCGCGUCAGCAUCUGGGCGUCCGAUUGGGCCAAGGACAAAUGCGAGCUCUUGGAUUGGCUGACGUUUCCUGCUCCUGCCCCUCCUAGUCAGGACGCAGCGAGCUUGCCGCCCAGUCUGGCAGCGUUCAGCCCCACAGAGAGGGGAGUAGUGGUUUACACGGGCUAUGCUGCUCAGAAAGAACUCUCCUUCUACUGCCUGAAAAAGAAACAGGUGAUGAGGACGGUGUCUCUCCCGGACUGGGCUCUGUCUCUCAGCCUGUGUUUUAGAGGAAGACUGCUCGCUGUCGGAUCAAACCAGCGUGUGCUGAAGCUGAUCGACUCGUCCAGCGGCCGUUUUCAGGAUUUCACAUGGCACAGCGACUCCGUUCACCACUGCAGCUUCAGCCAGUCAGGAACUCUGUUCUCUGCAGCACAUGGAGAGGUCUUCUUGUGGAGCCUGAGAGGCCUGUGACUCACACACACACACACACACACACACACACACACACACACACACACACUCACACACUCACACACUCACACAGCAGUGGUAUUGCAAAUAAGAUACAAGGUCAACACUAAUCCAUUUAACGUCCAUUAGCAUAGUUACUCUCUUACCACACAAUCUCUACACACACACACACACACACACACACACGCACGCACUACUUGAGACCAAGCCUGGACCUUUGUUCUUAGUUUUAUUCCCGUUUGUCCAACCAGUCAAAUUCUUCGCUUCUCAAUGUCUACGUGUGUGUAUUUAGUUACUUCUGCUAUUGUAUUUUAUCGCAGUUUAGUUGAGGUUUAUAUCUUACGAAAAUGUUUGAACACUUUUUUUUAUGUUUUUAAAUAAACAUCCUAAAUAAGAACUAUCUGUCUUUUUUUAUUUUUGAUUUCUAUCCACAGUCAAGGGACAGAAACCUGCUUGUUUACCUCAGAUAACUUCAUAUGAUUUUCUCCAGAUGAGAAAAUUCAGAUGAUGCAACGUCAUAUUAAUCACGUGACGCUUUUUGGAACAGUCCAAAUGUUUCAUGGGGGGUGGGGUUGAGUGAAUGGGAGCUAAAAUUAUUUCUUUUUGUAACCUAUAAUGGAUUAGUCAUGGAAAAUUAUGUUUUAAAAGUGGGAUUCACACAUUAAUGCAACAUUUUAUUUUUAUUAUUAUUAUUAUUAUUUUUAAGAUUUCUGACCUAUAUUUGAAGGUAAAGUGUCAUGUAACCUGGAACAGACAGAAAUACUGUCUCUUAUUAACGUUGUUAUUUCUCUGAAAUGUUUGCGCAUGACACUUUUUAUUUACAUAUUUAUAUCAAAUGUAGUUGAACUAUUCUUUGACAGACUGUAUAAUGUAAACAGAGUUUAUGGUUGCAGCCGGUAGGCGAGCGAGUGAUUUGACCGGAAGUGGGCGUUGUGUUUCAACUGGAACCGGAAGUGAAGCUGCAGUGCGUCUGUGUGUAUAUGUGUGUCUCCUUGGACGGAAUGGGUCAGAAAGGAAUACGACGUGCAGUUCAAUAACUUAUUCAAAAACACAAUCACUGUUUUAAUUAAUUGAUAAAUAAAUGAAUGAAAAUGAAACGCGACGUCCGGAUUCUGCUGUUAGGGGAACCCAAAGUGGGGAAGACAUCUCUCAUUAUGUCCCUGGUAGGAGAGGAGUUCCCAGAGGAGGUUCCUCUCCGGGCCGAGGAGAUCACCAUACCCGCAGACGUCACGCCUGAGAAAGUGCCGACGCACAUAGUGGAC